AUCAACUCAAACGAGAAUGUCUUGGAAACCAAUUCAUGUGCAAGGAUGCAGAAACUGAAACUGCUCUGCCUUAGACAUGUACGACUGGACGGAUGUUAUGCAAAACUUCCGACAAGGUUAAGAUGGUUGUGCUGGCUCGAAUUUCCUUUGGAUUCAAUUCCUGUUGAUUUUUCUUUGGAGAAAUUGGUAGUUCUUGAAAUGCAAUAUAGCAACUUGAGACAACUCUGCAAAAGAGCAAACUUUCUUCCUUCGUUGAAGAUCCUUGACGUCAGCCAUUCCUAUGGCCUUACUGAAAUCAUUGACUUCUCACUUUGCCCCAAACUAGAGGAAUUGAUUCUUGUGGAUUGCACCAGCUUGAUUGAUGUUCAUGAAUCCAUUGGAAACCUGGAGAGACUCGUGUACUUGAAUAUGACGGAUUGCAAGAAUCUUAGGAUGCUUCCAAAGAACAUGUGCAUGCUUAAAUCACUUGAAACACUCAUUUUAUCUGGUUGCUCAAAUCUUGGUGAGUUUCCAGUGGAGAUGAUGAAGGAGAUGGAGUCUCUAGGGGUUCUUGCAACAGAUGGAAUUCCAUUAAGGCCAGAAAGAAGUUCAACUAUCUUGAGUUCUUUUCCAUGCUCUUUAGUAGAGUUGAGUCUGAAGGGGUGCAAUCUUUCUGAUGAUGUCUUUCCUACGGAUUUAAGUAAUCUAUCCUACUUGCGAAGCCUACAUUUAGAUGGGAAUCCAAUUUGCAAUCUGCCAGUUUUCAUCCAAGGUUUGAGAAGGCUCGAUCAUCUAUCUUUCGAGGAUUGUAAUAGGCUCGAAUCGCUUGUAGGGUUGCCGAAAGUACACCAAACGACAAUUAUAGCCGGAUGCAUAUCAUUAAGAAAAAUAAAAUAUCUUCCCCCUGAGCGACGGUCUGGAAUGUACAUGGUGCAUGACAACUACAAUCUAGUUGAGUGGGAGCAUAAAUACAAGAUUGAGCCUAUUGAUAGAGUUGAUGUGGAAAUAAUCAAACUUUUGGGCUUGUGCAACUUGGAAUCCAUGCCUGCUGUUCGAAUGCGUCAUCCAUUCACAGAUAGGGUUCUAAAAAAGGUCCCCGUCCAGGUGCGCCUCUCUUUCUCUCUCUCUUAAGUCUUAAAUAUAUAAUGGGAAAGAAAUGACUGAGUAAUGUUGUGAUGAUUAUGGCAAAUACAUAGGGACUGUAUCAAUAUGGUAUAUUCAGCA